CGGCUGAUGAAACCGCUGCCGGAUCCCGCCCGCCCCUCGGAGCCCCAUUCACUCGGAGAGGGCAGGUGUGAGCGGCGGCGCCCGGGGGACAGACGCACCGACGGACGGACAGACGGAUCCCCCCCCCCAUCCGCAGCCCAUCCCCAUCCUCGCGCAUCCCGCCGCUCGCGCGUCCGUCGCUCCCUCCCCACCCCUCCCCUCCAUCCGCAGCGCUGCCCGCAUCCCACUGCCCACUCGGAGUCUGAAGCCCAGCGGUCUCUGGAGACGUCUUGGCUCCCAGGCUCCAGCUGCCCCCGACCCCCCCGCCCCGUGAGAAGUCGUCUGGUCCAAGCAUCCUAUUCCAGGGACAGUCCCUCAGCACUCAGCAGACUUGCUUCACACAAUGGGGUGCAAAGUCCUGCUUGGCCUGGGCCACCAGAUGCUGCGGAGAAAAGUAGUGGACUGCAGCCGGGAAGAGAGCCGGCUGUCCCGCUGCCUGAACACCUUCGACCUGGUGGCCCUUGGGGUGGGCAGCACCCUGGGCGCCGGUGUCUACGUCCUGGCCGGUGCUGUGGCCCGUGAGAAUGCUGGCCCGGCCAUCGUCAUCUCUUUCCUGAUCGCCGCUCUGGCCUCUGUGUUGGCUGGUCUGUGCUAUGGCGAGUUUGGCGCUCGUGUCCCCAAGACGGGCUCGGCCUACCUCUAUAGCUAUGUGACUGUUGGGGAGCUCUGGGCCUUCAUCACUGGCUGGAACUUGAUCCUCUCUUACAUCAUUGGUACUUCAAGCGUGGCGAGAGCCUGGAGUGCGACUUUUGACGAGCUGAUAGGCAAGCCCAUUGGGAAGUUCUCACAGAAACACAUGGUCCUGAAUGCCCCUGGGGUGCUGGCCCAAAACCCCGACAUAUUUGCUGUGGUUAUAAUUAUCAUCUUAACAGGACUUUUAACGGUCGGCGUGAAAGAAUCCGCUAUGGUCAACAAAAUAUUCACCUGCAUCAACGUUCUGGUCCUGGGCUUCAUAAUGGUGUCAGGAUUCGUGAAAGGAUCCAUUACAAACUGGCAGCUCUCAAAAGAUUCCAACUUUCCGUGUCGGAACAAUGACACCCAGACAUACAAGCUGGAUAUGGGCGGAUUCAUGCCCUUCGGGUUCUCGGGGGUCCUGUCGGGGGCAGCCACCUGCUUCUAUGCCUUUGUGGGCUUUGACUGCAUCGCCACCACAGGUGAAGAAGUCAAGAAUCCCCAGAAAGCUAUCCCCGUGGGCAUCGUCGCGUCCCUCCUCAUUUGCUUUAUCGCCUACUUUGGGGUGUCCGCUGCCCUCACGCUCAUGAUGCCUUACUUCUGCCUGGACACCAACAGCCCUCUGCCCGAAGCCUUCAAGUACGUGGGCUGGGAGGGCGCCAAGUAUGCAGUGGCCGUCGGCUCCCUCUGCGCGCUGUCUACCAGUCUUCUAGGCUCCAUGUUUCCCAUGCCCCGAGUAAUCUAUGCGAUGGCUGAAGAUGGACUGCUAUUUAAAUUUCUGGCUAAAGUCAAUGACAGGACCAAAACACCAGUCAUUGCCACACUAACCUCAGGUGCCAUUGCUGCUGUGAUGGCCUUCCUCUUUGACCUGAAGGACCUGGUGGACCUCAUGUCCAUUGGCACUCUCCUGGCUUACUCUUUGGUGGCUGCCUGUGUGCUGGUCUUACGGUACCAGCCAGAACAGCCCAACCUGGUCUACCAGAUGGCCAGUACCACGGAUGAGCUAGAUCAAGUGGACCACAAUGAGCUGGUGAGCACCAGUGACUCCCAGACUGGCUUUUUACCAGAGGCAGAAAAGUUUUCUCUGAAAACCAUACUCUCGCCCAAAAACAUGGAGCCGUCCAAGUUCUCUGGACUCAUCGUGAACAUUUCAGUCAGCCUCCUAGCCAUUCUUAUCAUCACCAUUUGCAUCGCGGCUGUGCUUGGAAGAGAGGCUCUGGCCAAAGGGGAGUUGUGGGCAGUGUUUGUGGUCACUGGCUCGUCCCUCCUGUGUAUGCUAAUCACAGGCCUCAUCUGGAGGCAGCCCGAGAGCAAGACCAAGCUCUCCUUUAAGGUGCCUUUCCUGCCCAUGCUGCCCGUCCUGAGCAUCUUUGUGAACGUCUAUCUCAUGAUGCAGCUGGAUCAGGGCACGUGGGUCCGGUUUGCUGUGUGGAUGCUCAUAGGUUUCUUAAUCUACUUUGGCUAUGGGCUGUGGCACAGUGAGGAGGCAUCCCUGGCCACUGACCAGGCAAGGACUCCUGACAGCAACUUGGACCAGUGCAAGUGACGUGCAGCCCCACACACCGGAGGUGACGGCAGCUGAGGGAUGUCCACAGAGGCCCUGUGGUUCCCCUUCGCUCUCCACCCACGUGGCGGGAACCACCUACAUCCCCAACGCUGCCAAAGGUGCAGUGUUGAACUACAACUUCAACCACAGCCGACUGAUGUGGCCUGGCCCAAAUCAGCCCUACAGCCAGCUUACAGGUCCUGGUCACCUCUGGACAACUCCCUAGCCUGAGCCAUUUGGCCGUGGCUAGCCACACGUCUCCUCACUUCCCAAUUGAACAAAGAAAGCAGCUUCUCUCCCGGCCAGCUGGGCUCCUUGCAGCAGCUGUACCCAGCCCCCACCCCCGGCACAAGGGAGGCCCCUUUCUCUCCUUACUUGCAAAGCAGGCCUUCCAUCCUGGGACCACUCUGGUAUUGUAUAAGUACGCACUCCAGGCCAUUAGAAGCGACCUCCCUAACCAGCCCAAGACGGCUGACCCGCCAAUGCAACAAGCACCGCAAAAAUACCAUGACCCUAACAAUGUUACCCAAGAGCCAAGCAAUCACAGGUUGCCUAAAGUGUAAGAACUGGUGGUCCUUCUCCUCUGACCCCUGCCCUCAAGCACUGCUUCCCGCCUGGGCUGUUAAGACUGGGCCUCAGUCAGUUGGCACGCUUCGCCCAGCCUCUGGCACUGACGGACAGCCCCCAGCACAGUGGAGAGUGCAGAGGGCGACAAGGGUCCAAUAGUGCACACGAAGAUAUCCAGGUGAGGGUGGCUGCUCACAGGUGGGCGUAUAGGCCCAUCCCCUCGAGACCUGGAUCAGUUCCUGCUGCUGCUGGCAUCUGUCCUUGCUGGCCUGGUGUCCUGAGUAACUGGAACAUGAGACUGUAUUCGUAGGACUGACCUCACAGCAUUAGUGUUUAGCCCUCUCUUUGCUGUGGGUCUUUGCCAUUCACCAAGUGUUACCCUGGGCUGUGUGCGCGUCAGAAUCUUGGGUCUCCUAAGGUUCUCAAGACAGCUAGCAAGGUCAGUGUGGUCACAACGCUUCUGGUCCCCACUCCCACUCCGCCCCCGAUGUGGCCUCUUAUAUGUAACCAGUGCUGUGGAGUCCUCCCAUGAGCUGCUGUGAAUCACUCCACCAAAUGAAGUCAGGGCUUAACAUUCCCUUGGGAAAUAGCCAAGGAACUGCCACAUGCCAGCAGCCACUCGUUGGGGUGUUCCCAGAGCACAGGUUCCACUGCUGUUCCCUCCUGUGUUCUCUGUCGUCCAAGUGCUACAGCUUGGCUUGCCGGUGAAGUUCUGAUGCUAAGUUCUGAUGCCGCCACUGCCCUGGACCUCAUGUCCCUCCAAGACAGAGAGCUGCCCGCAGGUGCAGCCGAGUCUCCCACUGACCCUCCGUGGCUCCUUGUGUCCCCCCCCCCCCCGAGCUUCCUCCCUUCCCAGCUCUCCCUUAGCUCAGGGUGGGGCCUGGGGCCGGCAAGCCAUGGUAUUGGGGUUUGGGGGAGGUCAACAGUUAGAUGAGAUGUAAGCUCUGCUUUUGAAGCUAGUUUCCAAGUUCUUCCCUUGUCUGGCUUUUAACGUGAAUGUACUAGAAACAGGCCUGGUAAAUUAAUGGCAUUUUUUUUCUUCCCUGCUCUAGAAUGUUCUAGAGGAGUUACUAAAAUUUGCUUAGGACAUACAGAGCUCUGGGUUACAGCUCCCUCCUCCCCCGCCCCCCGCCGACCCCCAGCACCAUGAAAAAAUAAGAAUUUAGUGAAACAGCCAGUAGAUGCCAGUGGGGUGGCUAAGGGGCAGGCCUUUGUGCCAGGCCGGGCACCUUACUGGACACAUUCCAAAGAUCAUCAGAGAGUAUUCCAGAGAGCAUUUUAAGAUCCCAAAGGUUGGGUUUCCAAAGAAAGGUAUUUAAAUAUGUAGAUUGGUGCUGUAAAAAUAUUUUGAUAAUUACUAACUUAUUUUGUUGGUGUCUUGGUUGUCCUGGUGUCUUCUUAGGACCUGUUAAGUGUUUGUUCAUUAUUUUUCUCCCUGUUGUUUUUGAUAUAGGCAAAGAUAACUUGAAGGAGAGAGAGAGAGACUCCCAUGAGGGAGAGAGGGGUGUUUUUUAUUUGUUGUUGUUGUUUGUUUGUUUAGUUUCUGUGUUUUUUUUUUCUUUUUCUCACUCUGCAGCUCCAGCUGGCUUGGGACUAUUAUUGUAACCCUGGCUGGCCUCCAGUUCGUGGCAGUAUUCUGCCUCAUCCUCCUGAGUGCUAAGGUUACAGGCAUGAGCCGCCAUGUCUGACUGAAUUUUAAUUUCUUUCUAGCUGAAGUCUUUUUGUAUAAGACAGUGCCCCACAGUGUGUUUACAGUUCACAUUUCAGCUAACAGCCUAUGUUCCACGCAGUGGGAAGGUGUGUUUGGGGUUCGAUCUCCAUCCCGAGGACUUGCUGGUAGUUGUGUAUCUGCCCUCCUCUCUUCAUUUAGCUGCAGCAAUGAGGUGGGGAGGAGCGCCCAGCACCCUCCCUUGUUGGGAGAAAUUAAAGGACACCCAAGGUGACUUGCAUAGUCAGGUCACUGGUCACUGUGGACUUUUACUGAGAGUGGACUAGUGUGUAGAAUUGUCAGGGGUCUUUCCUUAUAUGUACAGGAAUAAUAUCAUGUACUGGUGCUUUGGGUGAGCAUCCCACCAGCCACAAAAAACAAACAAACAAACAAACACAAAACUCAGAUUGUAUACCAAUAGAUUCACACCUGAAGCCUAUUGUCCAAUGAAGACUAUCUUUCUCAGUUUUAAGACUUGGCCAAUAUCAUCUGUGAACACAGAUUCUGAAAACAUACUCCUCACAGCAAGGACGUGCCUUGUUUAUUUUGUCUCCAGCUCCAUGCAGGCACGCCCUUCCUGUCUCCGGGCCUAAAUUCAUGAAGCCCACACCAUGGGCAGGAGCCAUGCUCAGGAGUGGGGUGCAAGAUGUCUGCACCUCCCAGUAGGUGGUUCUGCUGAGUGGGGUGUGGGGGGGGAGAGACAGGGGGUCCCUGUGUGCACACAUCACGCCCACACCUACCUACAUCCUGCAGCCAGGCUUUGUGGGUCGCGUUCAUUUUGCAACCCAGGCAGUUUCUGGGAGAUUGCCGCGCCUCUGCCGUGUCAGGCUGCUCCCGUCUUCCCCCACUCUGGGCCACAGCCUCUCUGUCCUUUUCCCCACGGGGCCUUUGGGUUCCAUGUGCUGAUGUGGUUCGAACAUUCCCUGCUGCCACCUUGCAGGGUCAUGGAACACCAGGCACCUCCACCCACCCCUAGUGGCUCCACACCUCCCUGAUGCAAGGCAGGACGAUCUGAAUGGGCCAGUGUUCAAAACGCCUACCUCAUGUGGGCGAUGGAGCUGGGAGACAGCCGUGGUGAGGACUGGGUUCCUUACCUAGGCCCACCCCAGACUUAUAGAACAAGUCAUAGGCACUGCCAGCUUGCACGCUUGCUGUGUUGAAAGCCUGCCUAGCUUCUACCAGGGCCCGUCUUUACUGUCUUGAAUGUCCCGUGUCCCCACAGACGCCCCAUUUUAACACAAGUCACUGUUUCUGUUAAUACCCAAGAGCUGAGACCAGGAAGACAGAAUGAGGCGCCAGCGUGCCUAUCCACAGGGUCGAUGGUGGAGAGGGCUGUCCAUGCCCACACUCCCGUGGGUCCCUGGGAGGAGAGAGCUGCUGGACAGAGCAUGUGUGACACUUGCUCAUGGAACCAUUACAGAGUUCAAGUUCGGGCAGGCUCAAUAUGUUAUGAACAGUUCAUUUUGUGUAGUUUCAAGUCUGCUUUAUCAUAGUAAGAGGAUUCUAUGCCAGGCUCCUAAGGAGUAAGACAUAGACAUUUUUUCAGGCUUGUUUUUUUUUGGGGGGGGGUCAUGACAUUCUUUAUUACACAGUGGUGCAAGAUGCUACACUCCCUAUACCUUUGUGGUUAUGAUACCAGAUGGAUUUUCAAGGCUUUUGUCUUCAUUAUUCUAAUCCAAUCUUUUUGUGCCCAGUGCUCCAUUGAGCUAUAAGGCUCCUGGGGAAGAGCCCUGGGCACAGUGACCAAGGAGCCCCUCUCCGUCACCCUAUUCACGUGUUGUGCUGCUGGCUUUAAAGUCUCCGUGAGCUGAAAGACCUUGUCCAACCAGGCGUUCUCAGGGCAUUGGUAUUUCCAGCAGGGCCAGGAAGCAGGGCUAGCCUAGGAAGAUGUGUUCAGACUGUUAAUUUAUUAACAAGGGAUAUGGUUUUGUGUUCCUUGAUGAACCUUUUUUUUCUUGAGUUUGGGAUUUAUUUUCCCAUUUGAGAAGUUAUAAUAUAUAUUUAAGAUAUUUCCUGCUUCAUUUGUGCCUUUCAACUGCAAGGGGUUUAAGGAUCAGCAAGGGUCAUGAUGCCAAUGAGGGUUGGUUUAUUGUCAAACCUGAUAGCUGUGGUUUCUCCAGGACAAUUCUUCUACUGAACACGGAGCCAAUCUUAAAAGAGUCGUGUUUUUUAAUUAUGUAAAUUGUAUGAUAUUUUUCUCUUGUUUGAUGUUCUAUUUUUCUAAUAGUUUUCUGAUAGUUUCGUAAGAUGGUGAUAUAUUAGAUUAAGACUGACGCUAAUUGCAAAUCAGAUGGGUCUCUCCUGGACUCCUGUUUUGUUUGGUUUAUUAUAUUUUCCUUUGAUUAUUUUAAUGACAAGUGUAGGUGUUGUCUGUCACUUUUAAGAGAACAUGUCAAACUGCUGUUUCCCCUUGUUGCUGACCACACUGUAUGCUGACAACAUCCUGCCAAAUGCCGUGUUGUAAAAUCAAACUAUUUUGUGGUACAAUAUCUCAUGCUUCUGCGAAUUCUAAUAAACCCUGCCUCUGGCUUCCAUGUGCA